AAAAAUGAUAAAUCAUAUAGUUGCAUUUAUUCCUCCACGCUAGUAUCAUUUUUAAUGUCAAUAUGCAAUUUUCAGUAUUUAAAAAAUAAAAAAAUAAAAUCGAAAUUCUAAUCUAAAAUAAUAGAUUUCAUUCGUGGAUGCAUUGUCCUUGUCCUAUUGUUUAAAGACCCACACGAAGCCGGGCUACAGUAUUCAAUUAACCGCGGGCUUUCAACAUCCAAUAGGAAGCUUUAAGCCGAUAAGCGACUGCCGUGAAGCCCUACUUUGCAUAUCUAACUCUAUAAGUACUGUGUUCCACUUCAGUUCAUCAAUCAUCUAUUCGAAUUCGUAUAGACUAAACCGAAAGUAUGCCUCCAAAGACUUCAGGAAAAGCUGCCAAAAAAGCCGGUAAGGCUAAAGCCGUCAGAGCUGGCGACAAGAAAAGGAGACGUAAGCGAAAGGAAAGCUACAGCAUCUACAUCUACAAGGUGUUGAAGCAAGUUCACCCAGACACUGGUAUCUCCAGCAGAGCCAUGGGAAUCAUGAACAGCUUCGUCAACGAUAUAUUCGAACGUAUUGCUGGUGAAGCAUCUCGUCUUGCUCAGUACAACAAAAAAUCCACCAUCACCAGCAGGGAAGUCCAGACCGCUGUCCGUCUCUUGCUGCCCGGUGAAUUGGCCAAGCAUGCCGUUUCUGAAGGUACCAAGGCUGUCACAAAAUACACCAGUUCCAAGUAAACAUCUUGCCCAGUUUCAAACCAAACGGCUCUUUUCAGAGCCACACAAAAUUUCAAAAGAGAUUUGUGAAUUUCAGUGUCUGUCGUUUGCACUUUUUUCCCCUAUAAUGAUAUUAGUAAGCGGUUAGUGAAAUAUACAAAUAAUUCGAAAAUGUAGAUACACAAAUAAUCCGAAGUAGGGAACGGUUAAAUUAAAAUUUAACCAUUUCCUGAUUCGAAGCAACACAACAUUUAUUCCACCAGGAAAAUUAUCUGCUGGCUAUAUUUUUAUUGAAAAUAACUCCGUAAAUAGCUUGGCCUGAGUGUCAGGUUCUAUAUAUCAAUCACAGACAAUGCAAUAUUUUAAUUGUGGGGGACUAUUAUACAAACGUACUCUUAUUAAUUAGGUAGGCCUAGUUAUAAUAAUUUAAAAAAAAAUUAACCUGUACACGUCGUGUGCAAAUAAGUCUAUUGUUACCUGCGUUUACUUGCUACCAUUUUUUCAAGUGUUGGGUAAAAUUUCAUUCUUUCAAAUGAAGGUCGUAUAACCUGUUUCAAAUAUGGUCCUGUUUUGUGAUAUACAAAAAUACAUUAUCCAACAUUAAAAUUUAAUAGUAAAAGCAUGGUAUUAAAAUAGGUCCAUGGUGAAAGUAAUACUGUAGUAAAAUUGUUUUAAGAAAUGUAUAAACAGUUUAGCCCUAAAAUUGAUAAUAAAACAUAUGCAAGUGUAAGAGUUUAAAAUUAAGAGUACAGUAUUUUUAAAAGUGGUAACUUAAUUCAGAUUGUAUUAAUUAUAUAUUCUAUUUUUAUAGUUUAACUUGAAAUUAAAAUAAUCAGUUGAUUCUGUUAAUAUCUAUGAUAAGGCAUUCCAUAACGUUUUCACCAGCAUACAGUGAAGUCUUAGAUUAAACUUACUUUUGGAGCUGUACAG